AGUCCCCCGCCCACCAUCGAAUCGACCCUGUCCUCUACUCAUUGCUCUCAGUUUCCACUCUCUUCCUCCUCCCUCGUUCUCUGAUCAAUACAUUCUUCCCACCCAUCCUCUUCCUCCACUGAACCCACAUCUUGCUUUACCUUCGUUCGUUCGAUCUUCGGAACUCCCCGCGCUCGUACAAUACUAGUCACAUAUGAUGGCAACUGUUUCUUCAUGCCCCGUCAUUCAACAAAGCUUCGAACACGUCUUCAAGCUGCCCCAAAACAUGGACCAUCAUGUAUCUUUCCCAAUCACCAAGAACGAGCUUUCUAAAUGCAUGUGCACCAUCUUCAUGCUGGACGACGGCGUCAAAGUCAAUCAUUCGCACAGCUCCGUCAAGUUUCAAGAAACUGCCAGCAGCAGGAAGAGAGACAGAGAGGAUGCUCAGGCAAAGGCAGAAGAGUCCGAGGAGUCGCCAUCGUCGGCAUUUCGGAGCGCCUACUACGAGGCAAGGCGACAGAAGAUCCGGAGGAGGAUGCUGGCGGUUGCCGGGCACGUCUGCAACUGCAAGUCAUCUGCUCACCAUCGCACGAAACACGAGAAGUGCGACUGCGAUGCUCCUCUGUGCAUUUGCAAGGACCUGUCCCACGAGUUCACCAGCCUCGAUUGAUGCCCUGGUGUGUAAAUAGAUCUUGUUGCUUUUAUGAAUUGAGAACAUCUCGUUGAAAUGAAUACAUAUGUACAU